AAGCGGAGAGGUUUCUGGCCGUGAGUCGGUCCGGCCAGAGGCUGCAGAGACACGGGCUGACGGCUCGGCCGCUGGAGGCCGCAGAGAGCGUCCGGGUGGAGAGUCUCCCUCCGACCGUGGUCAAAGACAUGUUGGAGCUGUACUUUGAGAAAAACUGGGCUCUGCCAGAAAAUAUCGUCAUGAUCCCGACCGAACAGGCCGCCAUCGCAACCUUCAAAGACCCCAAAGUUGUGGAAAAUAUUUGCUCAAAACGAGACUAUGUGAUGCGGACCAUCCCUAUCAAGGUGUAUCCAUACUACAAGUCCCUGGGUGCCGCCUUGUACGGCGAAGAGCGGCCAACAUGGCAGAUGCCGGAGCCUUUCACGGAGAGCGUUCACCACGUCGUCUGGAAAUUCCUCCUGAUGAAGAAGCUGUUGAAAACCAUCAACGACCAGAUGAGUCCGUUAUUCUGCAGCGUGGAUUUGGAAAACCCCGAGGUGAAACUCAGCCCUCUGCCGAGCUUUUUGAGGCAGAAAGGUCUGACCAACGAACGCGUAAAUGAUUGGAAGAAUAACGCCCAGAAAGCCUUCUGCGAGCAAAUGUCUCGGUACAUGGCCUUCGAAUGUCCAGCAAACGCACAUGCGUGGAAGGCCGCAGAAAAAGACGUUCGCUCGGUUAUCAGGGAGGACGCCGUCCCUGUUCUGGAUGCAUCCAGGGGGAUUUUGACGGUGGCUGGCCGAGCUGACGAUAUAAAGCGAAUCAGAGCUUCGGUGGAGAACAUCGUUCUUAAAGCCAUGAAUCAGAUCAAACGGCAGACAGAUGGCGUCUCUGAGAUCAUGAGUAUGUCCUCUGCCAUGUUCUACAUCCUGCAGCAGGAGGGCUUCCAGAGAGUCGCCCAGGACAUUUCCCUGGACAUGAAACUGUCCUUUGAUGAAAGAGCCCAGAGGUUAACCAUCACAGGACUCCCUGCAGAGGUUUUUCAGACAAAGUCUUGGAUCUUGGAGAGGAAUAUGGGAAUGUGCAAAAAGCAGCUGAAUUUCCCCCCAUAUCUUCUAGACUUUCUGAAGACAGUGGACCCCAUGGACAUGUCGCACCACCUGUUAACGUCCCAGGGCAUCAGCGCCAUCUACAGCAUCGAGAGCAAAGGGGUUUUCCUGUUGGGGAGUUCUGAAAGUGCUCUCGCUGCCGCUGAGAGUAAGAUGAAGGCGACUUUGGCCGUGCAGACUCUGGAUGUGGAAGACCAGAAUGUUCUGAAGCUUCAGAACUGGUCGGACCUGAAUCAGCAGCUGUUGGACGCCUACAACUCCUCGAAGAAUAGGACAGUGGCCAUUCAGAUCCAUCCGGAGAGAAGAGACAAAGUGACAGUGUCCGGCUUCCAGGAUCCAGUGAAAGAGAUCUGCCGCAGUUUGACCGAAUUCAUCACAAACUACUCGCAAGUUCAAGAGACCCUCCGAGUCGAGUCCUGCGCAGUUGUUCAGUUCAUUGACAGGAAGAAAUCAGAAGACUGGGCCAGAAUCGCCAAAGAUAAUGGUGUGGAAGUCCGUUUUGACGCAGAGAGACCAAAAAUCACCCUUGCCGGGGCUCGUUUUCACGUCCAGAAAGCCAAACUCUGCUUUCAGGAGCUGACUAGCGCUCUCUUCACCGACACCUUCAUCGUGGACAAACCUGGAGCCAAGAAGUACUUCCAGAAUCAAGGAAGCCUGUUCCUGUCGACCAUCAUGACAGAGUUCAGCUGCCUGGUUGUGCUUUGUCCAGACAACCAGGAGGAAGACGAGGAAGAAAACUACGAGGAAGAAAACGGCCUUUGUUAUUGCAAAGUGAAGACUGCAAGUGGAGUCGUGGUUUCCGUCAGCAAGGCAGACAUCUGCAGCUUCGGAGUGGACGCGGUGGUCAAUGCUGCCAACGAGGAGCUGCAGCACAUCGGUGGCCUGGCUCUUGCGCUGCUGAAGGCCGCAGGACCCAAGCUGCAGAAAAUCAGCGACGACCACGUUGCCAGGAAUGGAAAACUACGUCCAGGUGAAGCCAUCGUAACAGAUGCGUGCAAGCUGCCCUGCAAGUACGUUGUGCACGCAGUCGGUCCGCGGUUCUCUGCUAUCGACAGGAAGACAUCGGUGUCGCGGCUGAAGCUUGCCGUUAAAAACAGUCUGACGCGAGCGGAGGAGGCGAAAUGCUCGACCAUCGCGCUGCCGGCGAUCAGCUCGGGUGUGUUUGGGUUUCCUGUUGAGCUCUGCGCUGAGACCAUCGCUGAGGCGGUGCGGGAGUACUGCGACAGUCCGGGAGGUCCGAGGUCGUUAACGGAGAUUCACCUGGUGGACAACAAUGACAACACCGUCAGCGUCCUGGCCACGGCGGUCAACAAGGAGUUCAUGGACCUCGGACCUACCAUGACAAUACCGCAGCUGGCAGCAGGAAGAGGCGCCGGGGCUUCAGG